UUAUUAACAUUUUUGCUACUCGAAUCAUAAAAAUCUAUUAUAACCAAUUUUAUGUUCUCUCUCACACACAUUCUCUCUAUCAUCAUCACUCUUGUCUCUUUUCUCUCACACACAUUACACACACUGUUUUCUUUGUGAAACUUUUUAACCUUCUUAACACCUUUUUUUCACAAGGAUUCCCUGAAAAGCCUAGGGUUUCUUCACCCCAAAAACAAGAAAAGGUGAAGAAGAAGAAGAAGAAUCAAGAUUUGUUAGCAAUACAUUUAAUAGACACACACUGUAUUUAGUUAUGUGUGUUAACUGAUAUUCUUGUUGGUCAUUGGAAAACAGUUAAAGAUGGGAAUUUUUUGAUUGUUCCAGUCAAAAAAGUGUUAGUCUUGUGGUUGUAUUUAUUUGGGUGGUUGCUUUUUUGGAAACUUACAUGUGAAGCAAAUUAGUGUUUUCUUGUGUUCUUUUUUUUUUUUUUUUGUCUUUUUUUGUUUUCUUCUCAUCUCAUCAACCAACUGCCACAAAAUGGAAUCUUGUGGAUCUUGUCUUUACUUGUUUCUGUUACUUGGGUGUUUGGAUUUGAUGAAUUUAUGAUCUGGGGUUUUUGUUUUUAUAUGUGGAUUAAAGUGAGGUUGUUUAGUGAGCUUGGUGAUUAAUGACUGUUAUUUGGGUGCUUGGAUUUGAUGAAUUUAUGAUCUAUAUGGCUCAAAGUGAGGUUCUUUAGUGAGAUUAGUAGAUAAUGACACCGUUAUUUAUGCUAUGAUGAUUUCACAGGCUUGGUUAUAUGAGUUGUUCUCAUAUCAAAAUGAGGGGUACUUUUGAGAAUUUGGGGUUUUGGGUAUUGUAGUUUUCGAGUUAGUUGUUUAUAGUUGGUUUAAUAAUGGAGGACAUUGGGUUAUUUAAGCAAGCCUGGAUGUGGUUACAAUCAAAGAAAGAUUGUUACUCAGUAGUAAGGACAGCUGCUGGCUGUUUUAGGGAUAAAGUCGGAAUUUUUAAUGAGAGGAUAUGGCCAAUUGUUUGUUGUGGGUUUGCAAAACUGGGGAAAUUGCUGUUUAUCUUGUUCAGAUACUGGAAGGAUUGUUUAGUACGAGGCUGUCGAUCGUUCUUUGCUCUUGGAUCCGCGGCGUUGCUCCUUAUUAUGUGGAGCUGUUUUCUAAGUUUGACAUCUAUGUCGUGUCUGGUCUACGUGCUUCUUAGUAUGGGUGCUGCAGGGGCUGCCGUUCAGUAUUUAGGCUGCACUCCUGGGCUUUUCAUUGUUGGGCUCUUCGGUAUUUUAGUUUUAUGGAUGUAUGCCAACUUUUGGAUAACUGGUGUAUUGUUUAUAGUGGGAGGCUAUCUAUUUUCCUUAAACCAUGCGAGACUUGUGGUAUUAAUGGCUACCAUUUAUGCUAUGUAUUGUGUUAAAGUUCGAGUGGGAUGGCUUGGAGUUUGUCUCUCAAUAAAUCUUGCUUUCCUCUCAAAUGACUUGGUAAACUACAUACUCCAGUGGUGUGACAAUUUGAGUGAAAGCACACACGUUGAAGAUUAUAAAGAGUCUGAAGCAUUUACUGAGGAUGACUUCUCCACAGAUUAUGAGUCAUCGGUUCCUGUGGAUGAACCUGAAAAGGUUGAAAAGGUUCACGCUUGCAAAACAUUCAGUGACACUGCUUCUACUUCAUCAGUUGUAACAAAACAAAUAGAACCCCCAGCUAAGCCCGUAGUUAGAGAAGAUGCAAAUUCAAUUAUUGAGAUGAAGCGGAUAUUAGAUAGUUCGGAUCAUUAUGAAGCACUGGGGAUUUCUCGGCACAAGAAAAUUGACACUUUACUUUUGAAAAAAGAAUACCGUAAAAAGGCAAUGCUUGUGCACCCCGACAAAAACAUGGGAAGUGCACUUGCCAGUGAAUCAUUUAAGAAACUUCAGUGUGCAUAUGAGGUUCUUUCUGAUUCUGUCAAGAAGCGGGACUAUGAUGAACAACUCAGGAAGGAACAAUCUAGGAGUGUAAUGCAAAACUCACCUAGCACGUCCAACCAGGAAUCCUCCAACUACCGCUCAGAAGAGUCGAGGCGUAUCCAUUGCACAAAAUGUGGCAACUCACACAUUUGGAUCUGCACCAAUAGGACAAAGGUCAAGGCAAGAUGGUGCCAGGAUUGUUGUCAAUAUCACCAAGCCAAAGAUGGAGAUGGAUGGGUAGAGUACAAAGGAUCAUUAGUUUUUAAUCGACCUCAAAAGGCGGAGAUACCUCGUGCUUUUGUAUGCGCUGAAGGCAAGAUAUUUGAUGUGUCAGAAUGGGCCAUAUGUCAGGGUAUGGCUUGUCGACCCAAUACCCAUAGGCCGAGUUUCCAUGUAAACAUGGUUGGAUUAGAGAAAUCAUCGCAGCGAUCCAAUUCAAGUAGGUAUCCGUGGGAUUUUGAUGCUGAGAUGACAGAUGAAGAUGAAGAAUUCGAGCUGUGGCUCCAGCAAGCUCUAGCAUCUGGACUUUUCUGUGAGACACCAAAGCGAAGAAAGACUUGGAGUCCUUUCAAGUUGAAUCAGAUGAAAGGAAAGAAGCAAUGGAGAAGGUCUUCAUGAGCUACAUGCAUCAAAACUGGCUACGCUGCUCGGAUGAGCAUUUUGUGAUGAAUGAUGCAACGUUCACUGCCUCUAAAAUCAGGCAAAAUGAAGAAUGAAGAUCAAAAGACAUGAUGCACACUAUCUAAAGGUUUCAUAUGUAUCAACAGGGAGAUGAUCGAGCUUCUCAUCAAGGAAGAAGCCUUCUGUUGGUUUGGCUAAACAAGUAUAAACAUGCUGGUUAGCUGAUCCAUUUGUAUAUAGCAUCCUAAUUAUCCGGCUUUCGUACACCCACUCUCCCUAGAUCCCACUUGUGGAAUUACAUUGGGUAUGUUGCAUCUUAAUUAUCGGGCAGCAUUUAUCUAUUGCAAUGCUCGGUUUUGAGCUAGAUCCUUUAAAUUGAAUAGGAAAACAAAACAGAGAAAUCUUUGUACAUCUGAUGAUCUUGCCUGGACUUCGUCCUACUUGAGGUGCAAUAAAUUUCAGAGAAAAACAUUGUACUCUUCUGUGCAAUUAUAGGACAAUUCAUACUA